CUGGGACAGUAUCAAGAUGAUGGAAAGUGUUUCCCGCUCAAAACUUCUUGGCACAUGAUGUACCGAUCGUUCGAGACGGAUCCUUUCUUCGGAAACACGGCCAAGUGUGCCAGGAUCACCGGCAAGUCACCCGUCGUGAAUGGCUCGACGGAGGUCAACAUAGAGUUCAGUCCAAAUGGAAAAAGAGUCAUCAACAUCAAACUGGUUUCUUCUGAGGGAUACACCCACAAAAACGCGCUCCAUGUCUCUCUUAAGGACCUUGAAGAAGUUUCUGUCGACGUUUUCGCCGCCUACGUAGACUGCAACGUCUGCAAGGUUCUCCGGCACACUUACAUCAGCAAAACCGCCUGCAGCGUCCUGCUACCAGCGACUCAGUUGCACCAGCCAAACACCGUUUGUGACUUCGUCUACGACCUGCUCUGUGGAACCAAGAAGUACCAGAUCUACGACGACAGCUGCAAAACCCAAAACUAA